AAGUAAAUGAGAUGAUAAGAAAAGCAUGAAAGUGGAAAUGAAGAUUCAAGCUACGCAAUCCUUUAAUGAGAUUGAUUAACUUGUAAUCAAAACAAAAUAUGUAUGAUUGAACACAUUAUCUUAUUAAUCCCCUGCCCCACUUCUUAUGUGUUCAAUUGGCCAGGACUCUAAGUAUAGCCUAGGACAUAAUUGUAUAUGCGUUAGAAAGAGAGUGCCAUUAUGUUUUUCCCCUCCCUUUCUUCAUCUCAAAAAUUUAAGUCCAAGCAACAACCACUCCUCGAGACACUAUAAAUGUAUUUCAAAAGCACCACAAGAGGUUAAGGAAGUAUAAUCACGUCUUGCCUCUGCUUCUGCUUCUGCUUCUACUUCAAGGCACUGGGUCGACAAAACUCCACAAACAUGGCGAAAACGCUUACUUUCCUGUUCUAUCUCUCUUCAUUCACAUUUCUUUCCGCCGUCCACGCUGAAGGCAGAGCCCCUCAUGGCCUGGCAUAUGAGAACCCGGUGGCGUUCUCUCCAAUGGCAUAUGAUUUCUUCCAUCCAAGAACCCGGAGCCCCAAUGCCGAAGACCCAUGUGGUGCAUCCAAAUGCUCCCCUUUGCCCCUUGCAGCUCAACUGCAAUCUAAUCCUGCACAAGAAAGCAAAUACUCCACAACAACUCAGAAAGGUGAAGGGGUUGGUGGGAUUCUGGGAAUUGUGUUUGGCAUCACAUUUGCUGUGUUUUUGGCGAUGGGGGUGUACUAUGUACUACGUACCCGCCUAGCCAACGCAAACCGAGCCAUGUCUGCAAAACCUGGUGCUUGACAUGCUCAAAUCCAACAUGUUUAUGAGCCUAACAAACACUUGGGCACUUCUCUUCCUUGGUUUAGUUUAUUACUCCUUUCUUGUUUAUUUCUCCAAGAUUGAUAGCGGCUAUGGCUAUACAUAUUUAUUAUUCUGUUAUAUAUACAGGAGGCUGUUCUAUAUCUAUCGUCUAAAUUGUGUUUUCUAAAAUUUUCUUCAUCCCUCCUCUCCCCCCAUGUGUAAAUUUUUUGCUCCUUCGGAGUUUCUGGCUCUAAUCCUACACUAAUAAGGCGCGUUCAUGAAUGAAUCCAAGAAAAAAAAAAAUCACAACUAGCAAUGGGGCCUUCCAGAAAUUAUGCCAAAAGAAAAAUCAAAUGAAGAAAAAGUAAUAGAAUUAUUGACCAUUGCCGCACUAAAUGUCUGCAACAAGGAAAGUCUUAAAAAGUUCUAAAACUCAAUAUAAUGAAUUUGGAAACUUUGGCCAACCAAAAAUGGAACUGAACGUAGAAAUGGUAGAAACUUUCCAACAAAAGGUUUUAGGAACCAAGAUUUACUUCAA